AUGUUGCUGAUCUAAAUUGAGUAAUAAAGUUUUUCAUUUGGGUCUGAACUCGUAUAAUAAAGCUAACCUAAUCAAUUUUUGGUAGUAAAUACAAGUAAUGGUUAGCAGGCCAUGAAGCAUAUUUCUUGACCACUUCAACUUCACCUUAAUUUUCUUAGGAUAUUGUUCAUCGCCAAUUUAAUAAUUUAAUCCAUUCGGACUUGCAUAGAAACUACAAAGUCUUGGUCAUUUUAUUUAGUAACAAUCUAACCCAUAUGCGCCCCCUAUAAGAGGAUGCAACAAGUGAGAAAACCAAGUAAGCAACAAAAGAAUUUCUAAAACUGCAGGGUCUUGGUCUUGCAUAAGAACAUGGCUGGAGGAUCGCUUGGAGACAGCAUAGGAUUGAAAGAAGAGAUCAUUAAGAAGACGUGUGGUUUGGCCUUCAAAGCUCACAAGGCACCGGAGAGGCCCUAUAUUCGCACUUCUUUGGACCAUUAUGUUGUUUUCAGCUUCCCUGGUUCCUGGGAUGCCACUGAAUGGUUCGUUAACAAACUUUUCGGAGAAACCAAGGUAGAUCUUACCCUCUUCCCUUCACUUAGAAGUGUUGGUAAUGAUGAAGCUGCUUGGGUCAACGAAGGCUUUUCAAACAGAUUCGAUCACAUACUCAAUAACAGCUCAAUGAAAUCCGAGGUGCAUAAAGCUAUGUCAGAUGGGAAACAAGUAGUGUUUACCGGGCACUCCUCUGGUGCUGCAGUGGCCAUUCUUGCAACGUUUUGGGCCUUGGAAGAGUACCUUAACCCAACCAAAACCCGAAACCAAAAGCCUCCCCUAUGUGUCACUUUUGGGUCCCCAUUAAUUGGUAAUCAUAUAUUCUCUCAUGCUUCAAGGCGUGAAAAUUGGUCUAGCUAUUUUAUACACUUUGUUUUGAGAUUUGACAUAGUGCCGCGGAUUUUGCUUGCUCCCUUCUCUUCUAUUGAGAAAACUUUUAGCUCAAUUCUCGAAUUCUUGAACCCCAAGUUGAAAUCUUCCACCCAAAUUUUAGACAGUUUGAGUUCUGAAUUUUACUCAACUGUGAUGAGGAAUGCAGCAACUGUUACAAGCCAUGCUGCUUGUGUUCUCAUGGGAAGCACUAAUUUGUUGCUUGAGACGGUGACAUAUUUUGUUGACUUAAGCCCUUAUAGGCCCUUUGGAACAUACAUUUUUUGCAACGGAAAUGGACAGUUAAUUGUGGUGAAAAACUCGGAUGCUGUUUUGCAACUCAUGUUCCACACUGCUCAGCUAAGCAAUUUGCAAGAACUUUCUGAGGUUGCUAAGAAUAGCAUACUGCAACAUCAAGUAUAUGAGGCUGAAUUGGAGGAUAGCUUGGGAAUGCAGAAUGUGGUGUACUUGGAGAAACUUGAGGAACUUCCCUUGUCUGCUGAUGGCCCUAAUAGUGAUAUUGUAACAACUAGCGCAGCAUUGGAUGGCCUUGGACUGAGCACAAGAGCAAGACUAUGCCUUAGAGCAGCUGGUGAGUUGGAGAAACUAAAGCGCAGAAAUGAGGACAAAAUCAUUAAGGAGAUUAAGGAUAAAGCUGUGGGAAGCAUGAGGGAUCUUGAAAAUUACAGGACGACAUGUGAGUUACAUAGGGGCAAGGGCUAUUAUGAUGCUUUCAAGGUGCAGAAGGAGGCAAAUGACUUCCAAGCAAAUGUGAAGAGGCUUAUAUUGGCAGGGGUGUGGGAUGAGAUCAUUGAGAUGCUGAAGAGGUAUGAACUCCCUGAUGAGUUUGAAGGCAAGCCAGAUUGGAUCAAGCUUGGAACUGAAUUUCGUCGCCUUGUGGAACCUUUAGACAUUGCCAACUAUUAUCGCCAUUUGAAGAAUGAAGACACUGGACCUUACAUGAUCAGGGCCAGGCCGAAACGGUAUAGAUACACUCAAAGAUGGUUGGAACAUGCCAUGAGGGUGCCUAAAAGAAAUAUCUCUGAAUCCACCUUCUGGGCUGAAUUAGAGGAGCUUUUGAGCUCGAUUAAUAACAAGAAACCUUUUGAAGAAGUCAAGGAGAGGGUUCUGCAACUUGAAGAAGAUAUUAAAAAGUGGACUGAUGACUUGGUGCUAACCAAGGAAAUGUUCUUAAAGGAUCCUACCUUUGUUAAGUGGUGGGAAAUUCUACCCAAGGAACACAAGGCCAAAUCCUGCCUUUCAAGUCUAUUGUGAAAUGAUAUUGGUUUUUGACCAAAGCCAAUAGUGUUGUACGAUGUAUGUAGCCGACUUCACUUAAUGGGAUAAGACUUUGUUAUUGUUGUUAUCCCCUCGAAAUGAAGGUAUGACAUCUAGGAUGCUUUUGAUAUGUAUUCUCAUGCAAGUGUGACCAGAUACUUCAGUGUUGUAACUUUGUAUUUCUAGUAUUUAUGAUUCCAGAGUAUCGUGUGACUUGGGAGAACCAGGAAUCAUUCAGACUACUGGACUAAAUAAAUUUGUUUGAUAUUUGUAAAAUUCUAGAUUUGUGACUUGUGCAUAAGGCAGAAAAUACCCUUGUAUCUUUUUUUAUCUGCUAAAACAGAAUUUUAUCGUACUAAAGAG